AGCGUUGCACAGCCAACGCCGAUGUUGUUUUUCUGUAUGACGACUCUGCAAGUAUCAGUAAUAACAAUCCAGCCAACUUUGGUUUGAUGAAAAAGUUUAUGAAGGAUGUUGUCGAUAAAUUUACUAAUGUAGGACCAAAAGGAACACAGUUUGGUGCCGUUUGCUUUGCACAGGCCGCCCGGAAACAUUUCUAUCUAAAUACAUACGAUACUUGUGCUAAAGUUAAGACUGGUAUAGACGGUAUCUUACCUAUAAGUGGUUUUGCUACAAGAACUGGACUUGGAAUUCAGUUUGUAUCGAAAAAUAUGUUCAAAACAGUAAAUGGUGGAGGACGUACAGGAGUUAGAAAACUGGUUAUCGUUCUUACUGAUGGGAAAGGAUCUGGUACCCCUACAUCACAGGCAGCAGCUGCUGAACUCAAGGCCACUCACAGCGCCACCAUUGUCGCUAUUGGAGUUGGAUCAAGCAUCAACUUGGACGAGCUUAAGCAGAUAGCUUCACAGGAGAGCUUUGUUUUUACUACAGAUGAUUUUGCGAAAUUGUCAACGAUUUUAGAUGUCGUUGUUGCAUCAGCUUGUCAAGGUUGUACUGGUGGAUCAUCAGGACCACGAGGUCCAAGGGGACUACCUGGGGAUAGAGGAGUUCGUGGUGAUAAUGGACGAGUUGGUGACCCAGGCAUGCCCGGUGACAAGGGAAUGAAAGGUACUGCUGGCAGUAAGGGAAUGACUGGUGACAAGGGAGCACCCGGAAAACCUGGAAAUAAUGGGCAACAAGGCGAACCUGGCCCUGAUGGCCCAGCUGGAUAUAAAGGGGAACCUGGAGAUCAAGGGACACCGGGAAAAAAUGGCGCACAAGGAAAUCAAGGACCACGUGGGUCACCAGGGAUUAAAGGCAAAAUGGGAGAAAAGGGAAUGACAGGAGAUAUGGGACCAAAAGGUAAUAGAGGUCCCGAUGGAGAAAAAGGACUACAAGGAAAUAGAGGAGAACAGGGAGAUGCUGGAAAGCAAGGAGAAACGGGCGGGGAAGGACCACCAGGCCCUGACGGGGAUAAAGGUAUGAAAGGAGAUAAAGGCGCAGAUGGCUCGAAAGGAGAAAAGGGAGACGAUGGAGAUACAGGCAAGACAGGAGAACAAGGAGAUAAAGGCGAUAAAGGAGAAAAGGGAGCCACUGGAGAAAAAGGAGAAAAAGGAAUUCAAGGUGAACAGGGUGAAACGGGUACAGCAGGCGACAAAGGAAGCAAAGGCGAAACUGGUUCCCAAGGAGAACGAGGCAAUACAGGAGCUAAAGGUGCUAAGGGAGAAAAGGGUGAACAGGGAAUGAAAGGACAGAAAGGUAACCAAGGAGCUGACGGAAUGAUUGGUAAAAAGGGAAUGAAAGGAGAAAAGGGAGAUAAAGGAGAGAAAGGACUUAUAGGAGAGAGAGGAAACAAAGGAUCAGAUGGAAUGGUUGGAGACAAAGGACCACGGGGAGUACAAGGAAUGGUAGGAGAACAAGGAAAACAGGGAUCAGUUGGUGACAAAGGAGAAAGGGGAAGCAAAGGUGAAACUGGAUUGAAAGGAGAAACAGGUAACAAAGGUGCGACGGGUCAAGAAGGUUCAAAGGGUAUGCAAGGCGACGCAGGUGAACAAGGUGAAAAAGGAGUUCAAGGUGUAAAAGGAGAAAACGGCGACAAAGGACAGGCUGGUUCUACUGGUAAAACGGGUGACAAAGGAGCACAAGGAGACAAAGGCAUGAAAGGUGACAAGGGAGGUCAAGGUUCUCAAGGAGUUCAAGGUGACAAAGGGGACAAAGGAAUGACAGGUAACAAAGGCACUGACGGAAAUCCAGGACCACAAGGUUUAACAGGUAUGCCAGGAGACAAAGGACAAUCCGGCGAUAAAGGAACCACAGGAAACGCGGGAAAUCCAGGUAACCAAGGACCUAUUGGUGAAACUGGACCGAGAGGAUCGAAGGGGGAAACUGGACCAAUAGGACCGAAAGGAACCCAAGGUCAGAAAGGUGAAAAGGGUUUGAAAGGAGACAUUGGCGACAAAGGCGAAAAAGGCGACAAAGGAAAUGCAGGAUCUGAUGGAAUGACAGGUUCUCCUGGAAUCCAAGGCCUUACUGGCCUACAAGGCCCAGAAGGUAUGAAAGGAGAACGUGGCACGAAGGGCCCGAGAGGUGUCAAAGGAGAUGAUGGUAUGAAAGGACCAACUGGAGACCAGGGACCAGUAGGUGAGAAGGGCAAGACAGGAGAUAAAGGAGUAACAGGUGAAGAUGGAGCCCAAGGACACAAGGGACCAGUCGGAGACGUUGGAGUACAGGGACUACAGGGAGACAAAGGAGCCCCUGGUAAUCAAGGAGUUCACGGAGAUCCAGGCAAGAGGGGCGACCAAGGAAUGAAGGGUGGAAAAGGAGAUACUGGACUACCAGGUAUACAAGGACAACAGGGAGCGAUUGGAGACAAAGGCAAGACUGGCGAAACCGGUGACAAAGGCAUAACGGGUGAUGAUGGAAUAGCAGGUAGCGAGGGUCCAAAGGGAGAAAAGGGUAAUAAAGGAGCAACUGGGGUUAAAGGAGUUAGAGGUGAUGUCGGGCCACAAGGCCUUCCAGGAAAAGCUGGCAAAAAAGGCAUGGACGGUAAACAAGGGCCUGAUGGCAAGCAGGGACCACAAGGAGACAAAGGGAUCAUUGGAGAACAAGGACCUCAAGGUCCAAAAGGUAACAAAGGGGCUAAAGGAGAUGAUGGACCACACGGAGAACAAGGAAUUCGAGGUCCACAAGGUCCAGCAGGAGACAAAGGAGAUAAAGGUGAACAAGGUAUGAAAGGCCCACAGGGCAAUCCAGGUACAAAUGGAAAGAAUGGUGCACAGGGCAACAAAGGCGAGAAGGGCAUACUUGGCGACCAAGGCGCUCCUGGAAACCAAGGCCCAGUAGGCAAACCUGGUGCUCAAGGAAAUAAGGGUAUGCGAGGGGAUAAGGGUGACACUGGCGACAAAGGAGACAAGGGAUUACAAGGUGACAAAGGUCUAAUUGGAAACAAAGGUGCCACCGGUGAUAAGGGUGAUCAGGGCGCUAAGGGACAGCAGGGAGAUGCGGGUAAACAAGGCAAUUAUGGAGCCACAGGAGAAAAGGGAGACAAGGGAAUGCAGGGAGAAAAAGGAACGAAAGGAGAAACCGGAAAUAAGGGGACAACCGGAAACAAAGGAUUGAAAGGAGAAAAAGGCGACAAAGGAGCAGAUGGAGACAAAGGGGCACAGGGAAUGAAAGGCCUGGAUGGUGAUAAAGGACUUACAGGCACACAAGGAGACAAAGGAGCUAGGGGCGACAAAGGAAUGCAAGGAAAACAAGGAGAGCAGGGUGUCAAGGGAGAUAAGGGUGAAUCUGGAAAGGAUGGUAAAGAUGGCAUGACGGGAGACAAAGGCGCAAAGGGAGAUAAUGGAGACAAGGGACACAUUGGAGAAAAGGGAAACAAAGGAGAACACGGAGAGAAUGGAGAAAAGGGAGACAAGGGUGAACAAGGUCACAAAGGAGCACAUGGAAAGAAUGGUAAUGAUGGUGCAAAAGGAGACAAGGGCGACAAAGGUGACAAGGGUGAAAUUGGAGACAAAGGAAUAAAAGGUCAACAUGGUGAAAAGGGUGACAAAGGAAUCAAAGGAGCUGUCGGAGAUCAAGGCGAGCGUGGCGACAAGGGUGCCGCGGGAGACAAAGGAGAAAAAGGUGACAAAGGACAAAAAGGAGAUGUAGGAAACAAAGGAUUCAAGGGAGACCAGGGUGCACCUGGAAACAAAGGACCGACGGGAGAAAGAGGUCUUAUGGGUUUCAUAAAAGUUAUAUGGUCUGGUUAUGGAUGGACAAUGAAACCAUUCGUGAAAGGAUACCCUCCAACAUCAUACAGACCUGUAGGAAAGACUGUGCAGGCAACCGCUGAAGGACUCGCUGGUAUUAAGACACAGAUCAACAAUUUCAUUGCUAAAGGUAUUCCGGGAGUCCCACCAAACGGGUCCAAAACAGGAGGAGCAACUUCAGGAGGAACCAGUGCCGCUUACCCCCAUCAUAUUGAGACAAAAGUUGUAGCCAAAGCAUACUAAAACUAACUCGACAUAUUUUAUACAUAACU